UGUGUGUGUGUGUGUGUGUGUGUGUGUGUGUAUACAUAUAUGGAAAGAACUAAGAGAAAAAUACAACUGAUUUAUUACCCUUGUCGUUUACUUGGCCCUUGGCGUGCUCUAAAGAGCAUUGCAGCAAUUUACCUCCUUCAGCCUGCCUCCCUCACGAUUGCGCCAGAGCCAUGUCUGGUUCCCAUGCAAAAGCCGAAACAUUUAUAUCUCUUAGAUUAGAUAGAAACACAUUGUAUUGCCAUGACUGUCUCGGUGAUAACGAUAAGGACCGUGCCUUCGAUAAGCACAGGUUGGCGCUGAAGCCUCCAGUGACUAUUUGCCUCCCUGUGGCCAAGGCGGUGUUUGUAAAGAAGUGAUUGGUUCGGUGCUUCCGCUUCCACAGCCGUCUCGCACGGAGCCAUUUUCUCUACACCACUCUGAGGACUGAGGAACCUUCUGGAAACCGGGCCUGUUCGCCAUGAACGUGCAGAGGAAAGCGGGCCUCAUGACGACGACCUUCGGCGCGGGGGAGGCGCCCCCGAUCCCCGCCAGGCGCUCGUCCGUGCAGUCAGACUCCGCCCCCGGGGAGGAGGCUGUGGUGGCGGCGCGGCCCCUGCCCCGCACCCCCGAGCCCGAGCGGCGUCUCAUCCCGAGGAUCAGGUCUCACCGACGGAACAAGACGCUGCCCAACAUCUCGCUGCCCACCAACGUCGUCCACACCGUCCACGUCGUCUUCAACCCCGUUACUGGGGACCUGGAGGGCCUCCCCGACACCAUGAAGGCGCUGUUGGACGCUUCAAAGAUUACGAAGGAGGAGAAGGAGCAGAAUCCAGAGGCAGUUUACCAGGCACUGAGGUACCUCCAGGAUCCCAAGAACCACAGCAAGGCCGACAAGUUCAUGACACAGGACGAGAGUGACUACGACGAGCUGCCUUCAGGUCCUGCCCGCCCCGUGGUGCCGCCCCUCAACCUCGCCACCAUCAGGGAAUCGAGGGAAUACCCACAGGCCUUGAGCAUCGACGGAGAGCCAGCGCCGCCCCCGAUCCCCUCGCGGCCGGAGCGAACCAAGUCCAUCUACACGCAGCCGGUCGACGCCACAGACUCGCCGACGUCGGGACCUCACAGUGGGAGCGACGGGGCGGUGGGCGCCGUUCCCGCGAAGCCGACAUCACCGCAGGCGCAGCGGGAGGAGGUCCUCGGGAAGCUGCGUCAGGUGGUGAGCGUCGGCAACCCGCAGAAGAAGUACCGCCUCGAGAGGAAGAUCGGCCAGGGGGCUUCCGGGGCCGUGUACACCGCCCUGGACCUGCAGACGGGCGAGAUGGUGGCCGUGAAGCAGAUGAUCCUGGAGAAGCAGCCGCGGCAGGAGCUCAUCAUCAAUGAGAUCCUCGUCAUGCAGAGGAGUCGACACCUCAACAUCGUCAACUAUCUGGACUCGUACCUCGUCAGCGGAGAACUGUGGGUGAUCAUGGAGUACCUGGCCGGAGGCUCCUUGACGGACGUGGUGACCGAGACGUGCAUGGAAGAAGGGCAAAUCGCCGCCGUCUGCAGAGAGGUCCUCCAGGCGCUCCAGUUCCUGCACGAAAAGAAUAUCAUUCACAGAGACAUCAAAUCCGACAACAUUCUCCUGGGGAUGAGCGGAGAAAUCAAGAUCACCGACUUCGGGUUCUGCGCCCAGCUGUCGCCGGAGAGGAGCAAGAGGACGACCAUGGUGGGCACGCCCUACUGGAUGGCCCCCGAGGUCGUGCACAGGAAGCAGUACGGGCCGAGCGUGGACCUGUGGUCGCUGGGCAUCAUGGCCAUCGAGAUGCUGGAGGGUGAACCUCCAUACAUGAACGAGGACCCGGUGCGUGCCUUGUACCUGAUCGCCAGCAACGGGAAACCGACGAUCAAGGACAGGGACAAACUCUCGCCUUGCUUUCGCGACUUCUUGGAUAAAUGCCUCGAGGUGGACAACAACAAACGGCCUUCUGCGUCUCAGCUGUUGCAGCACCCGUUCCUGCGCUGCGCCCAGCCGCUGCCCAACCUGCGGGUGCUCAUCGAUGCCGCCCGCGCCUCCAUCUUGAGGAAGCAGGAGAUGAACAUCAUGUGAUCAGUCUCCGCUCCCAAGCCCGGGGCCGAAGAGGCAGAGAAAGCACGAAUGCGGAGAACGCCCCUUGGAUUUGGCUGGCGGAGGCGGACGCCAUUCUGGAUCGCUCGAGUGGCGGCGGUUUUGCUUUUUAAUUUAUAUAACUUGGUUGCGCGCAGCCAAACAAACGAAUGCGCGCGCACACUCACAAGCACACAUGCGCAUGAGCACACACACGCACACACAGUGACACUGACACUCUCACUCUCUCUCACACAUGCACGCACACACACACACAUGCACGCACACACACACAACAUG